AUGGACCUUUUCGUUCAGCUUGACAAGCUCGACAAAGAUGGAAACAUCACGCCAUUUGUGGCAUUCUCCAUGAUUGAUGAUGGCCCUCUCGGUCUCGGGUGGCUUCGUGUGAGUCACCGUGAGCUUGAUUUGAAGAAAACUACCAUCGAUCGGCCGUACCACACCCACGCCCGGCGACUCCUCCUGAGACCCCGCGAGAUUGUCCCUGUCGACAUUGAAAUCCUGCCCACGUCGACUCUCUUCCAUCCUGGUGAAACCCUUCAGUUGCGGAUCCAGGGUAACGACAGCUUCCGUCACAAGACCCCAGAUGUUGUCCAGUUCCAUGAACGCACUGUCAACAAGGGAAGACACUUUGUCUACUCGGGUAACAACUUUGAAUCUUACCUUGUCUUCCCCAUAAUUGAGUCCUAA